CGGACUGCGAGAUCAUGACCUGAGCUGAAGUCGGACGCCUAACUGACUGAGCCACCCAGGUGCCCCUCUGGUUUCUUCUUUAAUGGGGCUGGUCAUGUGGGCAAAGUGGCUUAGCUAUGUAAACGUGCCUGUUGAGCUUUGUGCCUGUUGAGCUUUGCCGCUCCCUCAAGGAGCUUGAGAAGUGGAGGUGAGGAGCCCAGGAGGUGAUUUCUCUGGGCUACCAGCUGUAGGAUUCAGAACAGCUGGACUUCUUUUCAGAGGCUGGAGACCCAGAUGCACAAGCGUGAGAGCAAGGGGGCUGUGCAGCCCCAGGUCACCACAGCUUGAUUCUCUGAUCCAGCUUUUCCCUUCCUUUCCCUGCCCCAUCCCCAAAGCAUCAGGGAUAUAAUAGUGUGGGGUUGGUGACACGUUGAGGGCUGCAGUGAUCGGCAUAUUCCUUAUUUAGGAGUCUUACUCUGAAUGCAUCUGUAAGAAAAUUAUAGAGAGGGUAGAAUCAUGAUUCUUUAUGUCAACAAAAAGUGGUCUCAGUUAAAAAAAAAAUAAAUGCUAGAUUGAAAGUAGCAAUAACUGGAUUCUGCUGUCUCCCUAUGACCUUGAAAAGAUAUAUCACUUCUCUACAUGUCUCUUCUGUGGACCUGGGGUAAUAUGUGUUUCCUAGAGCUGCUGUGUGAAUGAGAUAACCUGCAAGGAGUGUUCUGAACUCCUUCAGGAAUGAUGUCAAGGAGACAAAAUGCAAUGACUGUUAUUAGGGCAAAGAUAGUGAGGAGAAGACAGAUCUGCAUUUUCUUCCUUAAUCUUCUAAUCUUUCCAGAAUCUUGUGGGUCCUUUUGAGUCCCUGCUCUGUUCCUUAGGUCGGAGUGGUGGCGGGUUCCAUGCUUGGGUGCAGGAAGAAUGCCUUCUACUCCAUGAAACUCUGUUCAUCAGGAAGGCCUGUGUAGGCACCACGCUUUUGGCCACGGAAUCCACCGCCUGGUGCCCAGGCUCCUCUGGUCACCCUCCAUGACAAAGGAAAGUGAAUGCAAAGAGGCCAGAGCUUCCUACCGACUGGAGUCCAGUGACUGGGGACGCCUUUUGGAGCAGUCCGGCAGUGUGACCGAAGUUGUUCCCGCUGCGGUCAACCAUGUCCUUCAGUGCCACCAUUCUCUUCUCCCCUCCUGGUGGCAGUGAGGCCAGAUGUUGCUGCUGCGCCUGUAAGAGCGAGACUAGUGGGGGCAGCACAAGCUCUCAGGGCGGGAACCCUCCUCCCAGCACCCCUAUCACAGUGACCGGACAUGGCCUGGCAGUUCAGAGUUCAGAGCAGCUCCUUCAUAUUAUCUACCAGCGCGUGGAGAAGGCAGUGGGCCUGGCUGAGGCUGCUCUGGGGCUCGCCAGGGCCAACAACGAAUUACUAAAAUGUCUCCAGGAGGAGGUGGGUGAGCUGAGGCAGGGGAAAGCCUCUGCCCCUGAGGAAGAUGGGGACAGCAGGGCCCAGGGCUCCCCACCCGAGGAGGCUGGGCCUCUCAAAGAGAGCCCCGGGGAAGCCUGCAAGGCCGCAUCUGCCGCAGAGGAGGAGUGUGACAGCGUGGGCAGCGGCAUGCAGGUGGUGAUUGAGGAGCUGUGGCAGGUGGGAGCCGCGUCCGCUGUGGGUCCCGGGCCUUUGGGCUUCCCGGCCGGCCAGAGAGACACGCGGCUCCCCGGAUGCACCCUGGCUGCCAGCGAGGCGGCCCCGAUGCUCAAUCCCCUGGUGGAUGAUUAUGUGGCCUCUGAGGGUGCAGUACAGCGGGUGCUGGUCCCUGCUUAUGCCAAGCAACUCUCACCAGCCACACAACUGGCUAUCCAGCGGGCAACCUCAGAGACAGGGCCAGAAAAUGGAACCAAGCUGCCACCGCCCCGCCCUGAGGACAUGCUCAGUGCUGCAGCUGCGCUGGACGGUGCCUUGGAAGAGUCAGGUCCUGGGGGAACAGGGGAGCUGAGACACUCUCUAGGGUUUACUGCUUCCCCAUGCAGGACCAGAGGGAGUGGGCAGAAGAACUCCAGGCGCAAGCGGGAUCUGGUACUCUCCAAAUUGGUCCACAAUGUGCAUAACCACAUCACCAACGACAAGAGAUUCAAUGGGUCUGAAAGCAUCAAGUCCUCUUGGAAUAUUUCAGUAGUGAAGUUCCUUCUGGAAAAGCUCAAGCAGGAGCUGGUGACCAGUCCCCACAAUUACACUGAUAAGGAGCUGAAAGGAGCCUGUGUAGCCUACUUCCUUACUAAGAGGCGUGAGUACCGCAAUUCCCUGAACCCCUUUAAAGGCCUGAAGGAAAAAGAGGAGAAGAAGCUUCGAAGUCGCAGAUACCGGCUUUUUGCCAACCGAUCCAGCAUCAUGAGGCAUUUUGGACCUGAGGACCAACGCCUAUGGAAGGAUGUGACAGAAGAGCUGAUGUCAGACGAAGAGGACAGUCUUAAUGAGCCAGGUGUCUGGGUGGCCCGGCCUCCCCGUUUCCGGGCCCAGCGCCUCACGGAACUCUGCUACCACCUGGAUGCCAACUCUAAGCAUGGCACAAAAGCCAACCGUGUGUAUGGACCCCCCUCAGACCGAUUACCUUCUGCUGAGGCCCAGCUCCUUCCACCAGAACUUUAUAAUCCUAAUUUCCAAGAAGAGGAAGAUGAGGGAGGUGAUGAGAAUGGACCUGUCUCCCCAUCUUUUGACCAACCCCACAAAACCUGUUGUCCUGACUUGAACUCCUUCAUUGAAAUCAAAGUGGAAAAGGAUGAAUGAAAUCUAUAACCAAGAAUAACUCUGGCUUCUGCCACUCCCCAUGUCCCAGAAAUGGAUGGCCGCGGGGCUUCCCAGAAUAACAAGAUGUCCUCUGCAGUCUGAGAAAGCAAAUCUGUCUCUCUUCUUAACACAGUCCCCAAUGGAAGUGGAAGCCAGCAGCUGUGCUGGGAUAAAGACUUAUCUAGAAGGGGGAAAACCGCCCCCCACUGUGAAUGGCAAGCCAGAAAAUGCUUAUUUCUAAGCAUAAAUAGUGCCUCGGGGAGCCUGAGCUGAAAAAAAGGAGAAGGAUGGGUCUAAGAAACAUGAGGCCUUCUUGACAUCUG